AUGCGGAAUAGGCAUCCAGAAGCCCUCAAAAAAUCUCUGAUGCUAGGGCAUGCAUCACAGAUAUCAUGGCUCAUGCCAAACUUGCAUGACAAGUCUCAGAAUCUUCCAGACCCAGACAUUUUUACAUUUGAUAGCCCAACCUGCAAGGCCAAAAUCCACGGACCCUGUUGGGCUAUGUACCGCCAGCAGCAGCGCUCAAAUCCGGGUGGUCUUUUAAUAUGCUCUGGAGGUCGUGGAGCAGCAUGUGCAGGAGAUGUUGACAGCAGGGGCGGCUCCUGCGACAAUGGUACCAUGCAGAGUUCCGGGCGACGCGGUUGGGGUGUACUAGAUUCUGUAGAAGUAGAACAGCAGCGAGCUUCAUCCGGUAGAAAUGCCGCGACGAGCCAGGAGAACUUACUCCUGCUGCAGCCCAAAUUUCGCUCCCUGUUGGCGCACAACUACCGCAAGAUUUUGCGGGACGAAGAGAGACAGCAGAGAGGGCCGCGAGGGAUAUGGAUUGUAAAAAUGUCUGAGUCUGGGUCUGGAAAGUUGGAACUUGUGAUGCUAACUUUGGACUCUAAAAAAAUCUGUAUUGCAUGA